AAGAUGUCUUGUUGGAUAAGCCAAGAUUCCAAUUUAUAAGAGGGCAUUAAUUGCUAAAUGCUCUCCUCGUCCCUGUGAUCCGAUCCAUCGUCGUCUCCAAUACUAGAUCUCUGUCUCGCUCGCGUCGAUAAUUUGUGAUAAAAAUGGCGGCCGUAGGAAUCGAGACGAGGCGUCCUGAGGGUGCGAUGGAGGAAACCUGCAACGUGAAGGGAGCACAAGGAGAGGGGCUUAAGCAGUACUAUCUCCAGCACAUCGACGAGCUCCAGCGACUUCUCCGCCAGAAAACUAACAACCUCAAUCGCCUCGAAGCUCAGAGGAACGAUCUCAACUCUCGAGUACGAAUGCUGAGAGAAGAGUUGCAGCUGCUUCAGGAACCUGGGUCCUAUGUGGGUGAAGUGGUCAAAGUUAUGGGAAAAAACAAGGUCUUGGUUAAGGUUCAUCCAGAGGGGAAGUAUGUUGUUGAUAUUGACAAAAGUAUAGACAUAACUAAACUUACCCCAUCUACAAGAGUCGCUCUCCGUAAUGAUAGCUAUGUUCUCCACCUUGUCCUGCCAAGUAAAGUUGAUCCCCUGGUUAACCUUAUGAAAGUUGAGAAGGUUCCUGACUCCACUUAUGACAUGAUUGGUGGUCUUGACCAGCAAAUUAAGGAAAUUAAGGAGGUCAUUGAGCUUCCAAUCAAGCAUCCUGAAUUGUUUGAGUCUCUUGGAAUCGCUCAGCCAAAGGGUGUGUUGUUAUAUGGUCCACCCGGGACUGGAAAGACACUUUUGGCUCGGGCUGUGGCACAUCACACCGACUGUACCUUCAUCAGAGUUUCUGGUUCGGAGCUGGUCCAGAAAUACAUUGGAGAAGGUUCUAGAAUGGUGAGAGAACUUUUUGUGAUGGCAAGGGAGCAUGCACCAUCAAUCAUCUUUAUGGAUGAGAUCGAUAGUAUCGGGUCUGCUCGUAUGGAGUCUGGAAGUGGAAACGGUGACAGUGAGGUUCAGCGGACUAUGCUUGAGCUUCUCAAUCAACUUGACGGUUUCGAAGCAUCAAACAAAAUCAAGGUUCUGAUGGCGACAAAUCGUAUUGAUAUUCUGGAUCAAGCUCUCCUCAGGCCAGGAAGGAUUGAUAGGAAAAUCGAAUUCCCUAAUCCUAAUGAAGAUUCACGUUGUGAUAUCUUGAAGAUUCACUCGAGGAAGAUGAACUUGAUGCGUGGAAUUGAUCUGAAAAAGAUUGCAGAGAAGAUGAAUGGUGCUUCAGGUGCCGAACUGAAGGCUGUGUGCACGGAGGCGGGAAUGUUUGCUCUGAGGGAGAGGAGAGUACACGUGACACAGGAAGACUUUGAGAUGGCAGUGGCGAAGGUUAUGAAGAAAGACACAGAGAAGAACAUGUCUCUGCGUAAGCUCUGGAAGUAGGAAUCUCUCUGUUCUGUUCUCUGUUAUUUCCAAGAAUCUUUUCUGUUUGUUCUUUAAGCGUUUGAAAACAAUUUUUUUUUACUGCCUAAAACGGUAGUGUGUACUUGAAUGUACGCAUACCAGUUCCGAGUUCAUCGUCUUCAAACUAAGAGAUAUUAUCCAAGAAAGACCCCCCCUCCAUUGGGCACACUAAGAUAACAUGUACUGAUUUGUUUAUAUGAAACCCACUAUGGAAUCAAAGGUAUAAUCUAAUAGGAUCAGGGUAUAUGCAAAGUGUGAAAUGUGAGCUUAUGUGACGGGUCACACAUUCACUUUGUUGAAUUUCAACAUGUUGUAUGUAUGAAACGGUGGUGGCAUAAAAUAUGAAUCAAGAUGUGGUUACAAACACUGGUCACAUUUCAAUUUUUUUUUUUUUUUUUGUUAAUCGCAACGUAUAUUGAGAGGAAGUUCAAAUUUCAAAUUUGAUAAGUGGAAUAAAUAAAUAACAUUUUUGGAAAAUGAAAAAUAAAAAUUUAUGAGUCAUGUGUCGGAAAAGACCGCGUGGAACUAAAGCUAAAAAAACAGAUCCAACGGUGGAGAAAGCUGCGUUACAAUUGCAGAACCAUAAAAAAAAGAAGUAAAUCUAACGGUCGUAAGAAUAGCGUCAGACCUAAGCGAAAAACCCUUCCCUUUAUUUCCUCUUUUAUAAAAACCCCCAUCUCGCCUCUUCUCUCCUACAACAUCAUUCUCCACGCACACACAAAACACACAAACCCAUCGCCUGAGAUUCUCUCGAUUCCGACAACAUGGCUCUACCUAACCAGCAAACCGUCGAUUACCCUAGCUUCAAGCUCGUCAUUGUUGGUGACGGAGGCACAGG